AUGAAUUCCCCUUUAGGAAUAACUUGUCAUGCUUGGAAUAAUAUCCGAACCCAAAUUGUUGUAGCUACCAACUCAAGUGUGCUUGAAAUUUACCAAGUGCGUGGCGAAGAAUGGGACAAGCUCUAUGAGCUUAAAGAGCAUAACCAAUUAGUAAGUGCUGUUGACUGGCACCCGAUCACAAAUAGGAUCAUUUCUUGUUCUCACGACCGUAAUGUAGUCGUAUGGGAGUUCGCACAAGAGUGGAAACCAAACCUAGUCAACUUUUAUCAAAACAGAGCUGUCUUAGACGUGUCUUGGAGCGCAAGAGGAGAUAAAUUCGCAGUUGGGACAGGCUCGAAGCUUGUUGGAGUUGGAUUUCCUAGCCAAGUAUUGCAAGGCUGGACAACUAAAAAGUCGAGAUGCACCACUUCAUCAGUAACUUGUAUCAGAUUCGACCCAUCUGGAUUAGUUGUCGCCGCCGGAAGUACCGAUAUGUCAAUCGUGGUGAUGACUGCUUAUAUCCCAGAAGUUGAUAGCUCACAAACUGCAUCAGGAAGGUUCGCAUCAAUUAAUACAUUUGGAGAUGUUAUUUACAGUUUAGCAGCUGACGCAUGGGUUAACUCUUUAUGCUGGUCUCCUGAUGCUACAUGGAUCGCUAUUGCAACUCAUAAGCCAUCAAUGAUUUUCACAGAUCUUCAGACACCUCAAAAAAUUGACCUUAAAGGGAGACCUUUCUUGUCUACAACAUUCAUAGGCGAAAAUAAAAUAGUUGCAGGCGGAUUUGAUUUCCUUCCUGUUUCCUUUGAGCUUGCAGGCAAUUCAUGGAGAGAAGGGAAAAAAUAUGAGUCAUUUGAAGAAGCAAAGGCACCAGCAGGAGGAGUCAAAAGCAGCUUCCAAAUAAUAAGAGACCAACUUGAUCAGAAAAAAGGAAGAGCACAGCUAAGCACACGUCAUAAAAACUUUAUAACGUCUAUCAGAGCAAUUAACCAGUCAGGAUUUUCAACUUCUGAUAUUUUGGGGAAUAUUUACUUACUCCCCUCCUUCAGUGUGUGAACAAAAUAAUUUAUUUUGCUUACGGAAGGGGUUAAUUUAAUUUGUUAAAAAUUUAUAAAUUUUAUUAUAGUAAUUUUUUGCCGAAAUUUAAAAAAAUUAGUAAAAUUAACUUAAUUUGAACAAAUUUAUGUCUAGAAAUGAAGCGUUUAAAAUUAAAUAGAAUUAGCAAGAGAUUUCAUUAUAAUAAUUAUCAUUUAUAUAUCAAAAUUUUUAUAAUACAAAAAUUUUUUUGUUCGCUCACGGAGGUUUUUUUAUUCCAAAAAUAGGGAUUGUUCCAGGGGAGAGCUAUGGACGUCUUAA